UGGACCCGUGAUCUUCGGCAGCGGUUUUUGAGAUUUUAUAUUGACAGUUCUCGGUGUAGGCUCUGUGGACGGCUUCUGUGUGCACUAAGUGUACUGCGCAAGCGCCCGUCAAACAAUAUGGCUUGUCAUGACCGCUUUGAUAGGCUCUCCCGUGGCUGCCGCCAACCACUUGACGUAGGUUCUUUGCAUAUCUAGCACGGAACUCUUGGGGCCUUGUGAGGAAGCUAUGAGAGGAGAUGACAGGAAGGGCGCUUUUGUUCGGUAUGUUCCAAGCUGUCGGGACGCCAGUCGCAGAGGUUUUGUCCCACGGGGUGGGGAAUGUUGAUCGCUUUGCAAACGACUGUCUGUGUGAUUAUGGUACAGAGCCCUGUCGCACCCAGUAUGUACUAUGUACACUACACCGAGCUGUCAAUCCCGCCAUGGUUGAACGAUGCAACUUGCUUGUGUUUUGGUCCCUUCGUCUGAUCUUUUGGAAGAGGGCUCCUGCAUUUCGUCUGUCGUAUAGUCUCCAUAGUGAAACCUCACAAUGAUGCAGUUGUGAACGGGGGAAAAGCGGGACAUUGGUCACAGAAUAUGUGCUGCGUAGUGUUCUAAAGUAGUCAGAGAAGGCACCUGACUUGAUCAAAGUGCCGUUCAAUUCUCUUCGAGGCUGAUAUCGGAUGGGAUAUGGAUGUCGUAUUUGUCGCAGUUGCUGUUUUAACGUAUUCGUGUCUGUACACCCGACACAUGAAGCUGCAGUGAGGUGUAAUGUAUUUGGGCGUAUCGGAGCUUAACAGACGUAAGGGGUUACCAGUCAGAAUUAGUAUUUGAUUCUGGGACCGGAAGUCAACCAAGCCAAUAUGACACAACACAGACUCUCAAUACAGCAAGAGAACGAACUGAAGGCAGGCAGGCACUUUGGCACUGGAUUGGCCAUUGGACCCCGUCCAGUUUCUGCCUAAUAAAAUGCUGAGCCUUCCGAC